CAGUGCAAUAUCAAACCCAAGUGAACUAUAAAAGAGUUUGUUCUCCAACUAAUUUGUAUUUUUAGUGAACGAAAAAGUGCAAAAAAAUAAACAAACAAAUCAUUAAGAUACGUUUUCUUCAAUUUGUAUAUAGUGAUUUACAUCACCAUUAGAUCAAUUUUUUUUUUAAAUUAUCGUUAAAAUUUAGAAUAGUUACAAUUAUGGGGCAGUUAUUCUUUGGGGUAACAAUAGCGGUAAUGAUCUUUGCCGGAGGAUACGCCAGCUCAAUUCCAUAUUUCGACCUUGAAGAUGAGAUUGAACAUUUUGGAUCAUUGGCGCGCACAGAGGGUACUUUGGAUACGGCGGAUGCUUUAGCGGAGGCUGUCAUUUCCGGAGAUAACUCCCCGCCCGGAAACAAUGCAUUUUUCCCAGCAAUUUUCCCAUCCUACAAUAAUCCAUUCUUCUCUCAUCCCAUGUUUUCACCUUUUGGAAACAUUAACUUUGGAAUAGAUGAGGCUACAACUGUGCCAUGGUGGAGAGGAAAAAAUGUUUGCGUUGACCGUGUAGAAAACGAAGACGAUACCGAAGAUGAUGAUGAUGAAAAAGCAACAACAGACGAAUUCAAACCACAACAGAUCUUUGGAGGAUUCCAAUUUUCUGUCAAUUCAUGUGUCGAGAAGCCACACAAGCAUACAUGCAAGAAAAUUUAUAGCACAAAUGGUAAGAAAAAGACUCUCACAGUUACCCGCCAAUGUUGUCAAGGCUUUGGUCGCCGUCCAAAUGCGGAAUAUACAGAGCAUUGUGAAAAGAUGGAAAUGAAGAGCUUCGAAGACGCAGCUACUGACAUGGGUGGAAAUGAAUUCAUGCGAAGUGUUAAGAAUAACGGUCUGGAAGGCAUGCUCACAUCAAAUGUCACCCUCUUCCUACCAACUAAUGAGGCAUUUACAACAUUUUCAGAACAAAUGUUCGAAAACAAUUUAGUUUACGUGCCUAUGGGUAGUAGACAUCGUCGUGCUGCUGACGAUGUUGGUUUCACAUCAAAGGAUCUGCUUUUGGGUCAUAUGGUAAAUGGUUUGAACAUUAUGGAAGACUUGGCCAAUGAAGAUUUGUUGAUGACAAAACUUAACAACAGCACAAUUCGUAUAAAUAUCUUCAAUCGGCCAUUUAGCAAGAGUGGUUCAUUGUACACCGCCAAUUGUGCUCCUCUAACUAAAAUCAAUCAACCUGUUACAAAUGGAGUUAUCCACUCUGUAAAGGGUGUCCUAUCGCCAGUUACAAGCAAUGUCAUGGAUAUCAUUCGAAAACGUAGCGAUAUGGCUGUUUUCAAGACCGUUCUGGAAAAAACAAGAUUGAAUGAGCUGUUAGAAGGCGAAAGACCUGUGACUGUAUUCGCACCAACUGAUGCGGCUUUCGAAAAAUUAGACAUAAGCUUGAGGAAGAAGUUGAAGGAAGGAAAAGUUUGCGCCACAAAUAUUCUAAAGAGCCACAUCCUAGACUUUACAUACUGCUCACAAGUAACCUCUCCUUCCAAUCCAAAGCCCAUGGCCUACAAUAUUCUCGGAGAAAGCCUUCGUUUUGAACUUUCUCCCAAUGAGAAGUCCGAAACUGAAAUGCAACCAGAAGAUUUGCUCAUCAAUGGAUUGGUUCGAGUUGUUGAGCGUGAUAUCAUGGGCACUAACGGUGUUAUUCAUGUGGUUGAUACCAUUUUACCAAGUGACAGUUCACUUUCAAUUAGUUCACUGAUGCAAGUACAGAAUAUUAGCAUUUUUAAAUCCCUCUUGGAAGCUUCCGGUUUGGAAUCGGAAUUUAACGACUAUGACAAUGCUACAAUUUUUGCACCGAUCGAUAAAUCCUUUGAAGAUUCUGAAUGGGUUAAGAAACUAGAACAAAACCCAGAACAACUGAAAAACAGCGCUGAGCUUAAAGAAUUCCUUCGUGGUCAUGUUGUUAAGCCAAAAAUUAAGACCUGUGAUCUUAAAGAAGACAUAAUUAAGACCGAAGCCGGGUCAGACUUGAGAAUUAAUCUAUACUCAACUCAUUCGAUAUUUACAAAUGUUAUGAAUCGUGCAACUGUUAAUUGUGCUCGUUUGGUUCAUUUCGAUGAUGAAAGUUGCGGCUCAGUAUUGCAUCAAGUUGAAAAGCAAUUGGAAAGUCCUAAGAAUAAUUUAUACAAAAUUAUGGAAUCGAACCCUCAAUACAGCAAAUUCCUUGAAGCUGUUAAAAUUGCUAACUUAACAGAACUUCUUAUGGACGAUUCGGGCAGUUAUACAGUUUUCAUGCCAAAUAAUGAAGUUUUCAGAGAAUUUGAUAUCAAUGUUGCUAGCAAUAAGUCAGUUGCAGAACGUUUUGUUAAGGAACAUGUUGUCAAUGAUAUUGUUUGUUGCACUGGCAUCACACCAACAAAUUGGCCAUUUGUCCGAACAAUCGAAGCUCUAAGUGGCAGUAAUUUACGAAUUAAUCGUGAUCGUCGUCCUAAAGUCGAAAAUGCCAUGAUUAUGAAGUGUGAUGUUUUGGCCACAAAUGGAAUUAUUCAUGAAAUUAAUGAUGUAAUUCUCUCUAAACAAGUACAGGCCCCUGUUCCAGUCAAUAAGAAUAAAUAUAAUAUUUUAAGAGAUGUAUUCUUUUAAGGUAUAAUAAAAAAUAGCCAUUGAUAAGGUUUUUAUUUUUUUGAAAAGCAGUGUUUUGUAAUAAUUUACCUACAUAUAUAUUAUUUAUAAAGAUUGCGUGAAAGAAAUUAUUAUAUUUAUUUUUUAUAUAUAACAAAACGACACAUGUGAAAAAAAACUAAUGAAAAAAAAUAAAAUGUAAACACAAAUUGAACAGCCCAGAAUAUCCUCAGGUUGAAAAACAACACUAUUAAUGGGAAGGAUUUAAAUUUUGAAUUUAUUUAAAAAUUAUGACUUUUAUCUUUUGGAAUAGCUGAUUAUUUUUUGGUAGUCAGAGUUUUCUUCUUUUAAUCUCAAAUUAAUAAAAGUAUACAUUUUAAAAGGUU